AGAAAAGGAUGCGUGUCAUAGUCCCGGAAGUGAUGUCAGCGUGAUUCUUCUGCAGGCUAACUGGUGUUAGCAGCUACGAGAAGAAAUCUGCUGUUUUUUUAAAGGGUUUUUUAUUAUUUUAAUUUCCCGCAAACCGCCACAUUGAUGACGCCACUCUGACCUAUGACGUCAUGGAUGGGUGACAACAUGAUUACGGCCCGAACUUAGCUGUUAGCUACAAUUAGCGCCGUCACACUGCCGGUCCGUUCAGAAGUCCCAUCGGAAAACUGCCGUUUUAACAUCUGGCGUCCUCUGCCUCUCAGAAGAGCUUCGUCAUGAGCAGCCGAGUGGCCGGAAAACCCCGAGAGAAGGAGGAGAAAGAGGAGUUGAUGGAGGAGAAGAUACAGGAGGAGAAGGAGGACUUUUACGACUGCCAGGAGUCUCUGGAGCCUCCAAACUUUCACAAUCAAACCAACAGACCGACUGACAGAAGAGAGAGAGAGGAGCAGGGAGACAGGCUGCAGGAGGAGCAGGGAGACAGGCUGCAGGAGGAGCAGGGAGACAGGCUGCAGGAGGAGCAGGGAGACAGGCUGCAGGGAGACAGGCUGCAGGGAGACAGGCUGCAGGGAGACAGGCUGCAGGAGGAGCAGGGAGACAGGCUGCAGGGAGACAGGCUGCAGGAGGAGCAGGGAGACAGGCUGCAGGAGGAGCAGGGAGACAGGCUGCAGGGAGACAGCUGUAGUGACCGGCUGCAGGAGGACUCAGACUCAGAGAUGAAGGAGGACACUCAGCAGGAGGAGUUUGACAAUGAUUACUUGAGGGAGGUGGAGAAGGAGCUGACAGAGGAGGAGAAAGAGAGUCGCCGGCGGCAGAGUUUAACUCUAAAGGAGAAGGGGAACAGCCAGUUCAAAGCUGGAGACUGGGCGGCGGCGGCGCGGAGCUACACGGAGGCCUUGGGUUUCUGUCCGGUCUGCUUCAGCCCAGAGAGAUCGGUGCUGUUCUCCAACAGAGCUGCUGCCAGACUGCACUUGGAGCUGAAGGACGCUGCGAUCUCCGACUGCUCCAGAGCGAUUGAGCUUAACCCAGACUACGUGAGAGCGCUGCUGAGGAGGGCAGAGCUGUACGAGCAGACGGAGAAGCUGGACGAGGCCCUGGAGGACUACAAGAAGGUCCUGGACCUGGACCGGAACCAGACCAGCGCCAGACAGGCCUGCAUGAGGCUGCCUCAGCAAAUUCAGGAGAGAAAUGAGAAGCUGAAGGAGGAGAUGCUGAGUAAGCUGAAGGAUCUGGGCAACAUGGUGCUGAGACCGUUCGGCCUCUCCACCAACAACUUCCAGGUGAACCAGGACGCCGGCACCGGCUCGUACUCCAUCAACUUCGUCCAGAACCCCAACAACAACAACAGAUGACAUCACACAGCCAGUGAUGACAUAACAGCCCUGCAGGCGACCCCGUCGCUGAUUGAUUAGCUUCCUGUUUGUGUUGAGUCAACCACACACAUUUGUUUUUGUAUUGAAGCUGUGUGAAUAAAGUUAGUUUGAAUCCUGA